AUGCAGCGCUCUUCUUUUGCUCCUAUCCCAGCGCAAUCUCCUCCGCUGCACCACCCAGUCCCUCAACAUGUCUCGACCGUGCCGAUGAUGCGCUCGCCACCACCGCCUACCUCGCAGUCCCAGCAAACCGGCUAUGAUAACCCCUAUCAGCCUCAGCCUGGUCAAGGCGGGGGUGGCACAUUUGGCCCUAACUUUGGGAAUUUCAUGACCGAUCCCACUGCCCAGAUGGGCUUCCAGGUGGGCAAGACGGCGAUGGCGGCAGGCCAGGAGUACAUGGAACAGAAUUUCAACCGCUACGUCUCCAUCCCUGCCCUCAAACACUAUUUCAACGUCUCGAAUUCAUACGUCUUGAGCAAGAUCGCUCUGGUGUUAUUUCCCUGGCGUCAUAAGCCUUGGUCUCGACAACAAACCCGAAUGGCCGCCACAGCAGGCCCAGAUGGGCAGAUUACACAGCAGCACUACGCUUCAGUCUUUCUUCCGCCGCGAGACGAUCUCAACUCGCCCGAUAUGUACAUCCCUACCAUGGCAUUUGUCACAUAUAUCUUGCUCUGUACCGUGUUGGCUGGUCUACGCGGAAGCUUCCAUCCAGAACUAUUAGGCUCGAUCACAACAACGGCUCUGGCAGUGGUCCUCUUUGAGAUCCUGUGUUUGAAGGUUGCGAUGUAUAUUCUUAGCAUCAGCAACGACUCUCAGCUAUUGGACCUUGUAGCUUACUCUGGCUACAAAUUCGUUGGCAUCAUUGUUACUUUGCUCGCUGCUGGUAUUAUUACCCCGGCGCGGGGCACUGGCGGUUGGGUUGGCUGGACUGUGUUUGUCUACACUUUCCUUGCUAAUGCAUUCUUUCUGCUUCGUUCUCUGAAAUACGUCUUGCUUCCUGACUCAACCGGUGAUGCACCCAUGCGCACAGGCACCAUGCACACCGUUGCUCGUUCCCAGCGUAAUCGUCGAACCCAAUUUCUCUUCAUCUACUCCUAUGUCGUCCAGUUUAUUUUCAUGUGGAUUCUAUCAAGAGAAGGUCCUCCCGCUGCUAAAGCUACAGCUGUUUAG